AUGGACCCCGCGGGCGGCAGAGGGGCGCGGGGCAGACGGGUGACGCGUCCCGCAGCUCCGCGGAGCCGGGGCGCGGAGAAGGGCGCACCCCGAAGCCCCACGCGCGGCCGCGUUGCGGGUGAAAACCCGAGCGGCGCCGCGACCUCCCGGACGCCGCGGACCGACGGAGCCCCCGCUCGGGGCAGCCGCCCGACGCGGCGAGCCCCCGCUGCCCGAGACCCGCCGGCGGGCGGAGCGGCGAGCGGCGCAGAGGCGCUCCCCGCCCCGCGGAGCAGGGCGCCGGCCGCCAGAGCCCCCGCGGCCCCGCGGAGCGUCGCGGCGGUGCCCGACGGGGCGGUCGCUGUCCCCGCCCGUCGCCCCCCGCCGGCGGCGGACGCCUUGCGGCUCCGGGAGGUGCUGUCGCGGCUCAGCCUGGCCCGCGAGGACGUGUCCGAGGCUGCGACGCUGGUGAACCUGGUCGUCUCGCACCUGGUCCAGGCCAUCCGCGGCAAGGACAGCUGCUUCGGCUCCAUCGCGCUGCAGAGCGCCGGCAGCUACUACGAACGUGUCAAGAUAUCUGAACCAAAUGAGUUCGACAUCAUGCUUGUAAUGCCUGUUGUGAGGAUUCAGCUGGAUGAGGCUGAUGAUACUGGAGCCUUUUAUUAUGUAUCAUUCAAAAGAAGUCCAAAAGAAAAGGGUUGGCUGAAGUUUUUAGAGGAAGAUGGAAAAUUAUCAGCCUUUAAAAUGCUUCAAGCGCUAAGAGAAAUUAUUAAACAGGAAGUAAAAAACAUUAAAGAUGUGGAAGUCACUGUGGCAAGGAAAAAGGUUGGAUGCCCUGCAAUAACUCUUCAGAUCAAAAAUCCUCCAUCAGAAAUAUCAGUGGACAUCAUCUUGACUUUGGAGGCUCAGCAGAGCUGGCCCCUCAGCACACAGGGCGGCCUCAAAAUUGAACAGUGGCUGGGAACAAAAGUCAGGAGGGAUUUGAGAUUUAGAUCACUUUAUUUAGUAGCCAAGCAAAACAAAAGAGAAAAAGUUCUAAGAGGGAACACCUGGCGCCUCUCCUUCUCGCAUAUUGAAAAGGAUGUGAUAAAGAACCAUGGCAACUCAAAGACAUGUUGUGAAUCCAGUGGACCAAAGUGCUGUAGGAAAGGUUGUCUUAAGCUGCUGAAGUAUCUUCUAGAGCAACUUAAAAUGAAACAUCCAAAAGAAUUGGAGAAAUUCUGCUCUUAUCACGUCAAAACUGCUUUUCUCCACUCCUGUGUCACGUGGCCAAAUGACUCAGACUGGCACUUGGGAGACCUGGAUCAUUGCUUUCAACAGUGUCUGGGAUUUUUUGUGGAUUGUCUGCAGAAGUCUCAGCUGACUCACUUUUUUAUUCCCCAAUACAACUUGCUCAGCCUAGAAGAUAAGGCAAGACAUCAUUUUCUUUCAAGAAAAAUAUGCCAUGAAUUGAACAAUGGAUUCCCAGUAUUUCACGAGAAUUAUUAAGGACAUUGUUUACAAUAGGUAUCUAAUCAUGUUGACUUGCAUAUUUAAAACAAAAAAUUCUGCACCAUAAACUACUCUUCAGUAGUCUGGUACUACAAAACAAAAAAAAUCCAAACAAAAUAAAAUCAAGAACACCAAAAGGAAAAGGCAUACUUAAGUCACACUGCUUAGCCAUAACCCUUAAAAGAAAUGUUUUCAGUAAUAUUUACCUUGUCUAUCCAAAUGUAUACGUCACCUGCAAAAUACCUUCAAAGUAUACUAAGAACAUAUAGAAGAAUUUGCAAUAGUUAAUUUCCCACAUGUAAUUUCUGUGUUUCCAAAUACAAAGGCAUCGAUGACUGCAAAAAGGGAAAAAAUGACAAUUUUAUUUAAAAUUAAGAUCCACUGCAGAAUGUCCAAAAUAAACUCCUGCUUUCAAAAGAAAAGAGAAAACAAAAGUCACUGGGAUUACAUUGACAUUAACCAGAACAACUUUUCCAGAUCACCUGCACGGAUGAAGAUCUUUUGCAGAGGACAACAACCAGCAACAGUUAGCAGAGAGACAAUAGUUACUCUGAGUAAUGCUAAGUUCCUGAAGUAACUUAUCCUGAGUUUUUCAGAAUUACUUUCAAAAAUCAGUCUUUUCAUUGGACUUUGGAUGGGAAACAACUGUUACCUAAUA